UUCAGUAAAAUUUAUUUUAUAGUAAAAAGAAGAAUAGCUUGACUCAUGCUGAAUGAAUGUAGACUCGUGGCACAUCACUAGCGCCUUUGCGGACCAAGUCAACUACUCGAAGAAUGGCCGCGUCGGUAGCGCGCCUUUGGAUGUCGUACGUUUGAAACACGUGAGAACUUCGAAGUCCGUUGCCAAGUUGUUGAAGACUUGAAAAGUAAACUAAGCAGCCCGACGUGAGAUAUGGGCACGACGUGGCGCUUUUACUGUGUCUUCGUUACCUCUGACUAGAGCCGAAGAGUACCUGCCAAGGCAGCGACGCAUCUUUGUUUGUGCUAAGCCGCCUGCUCCGAGCGGCGUCCCUGGGUUACCAUGAGCGCCAUGAGCAGCCUCUACGAGCUGCACAACAUUCUAAGAAACCUUCACUCAAGCAAGCUUACGGAACGCAGAAAUGCCUUCAGAGACCUCAAGUCGUCUCUUCAGAGCCCGAGCGUUCAGUCGGCCUUGGACCAGAGCUCGGAGAAGAAAGGGAACCUGACCUGGGAUGGAGUCGCCUUCAACGUGCUCAAAGUCGUCAGCACGGAGGUGGACCGUCUCUCGGAGAGGGGCCUCCGGGGCGGUGCCCGCAGCGCGGCCUCUGCCGGCGGAGACCUGCUCCAGGCCGCCGCCCUGCUGCGCACCCUCGUGCAGUCGGCCAGCCGCAAGUGCUGCCGGCUGAAUGUGCGCAAGCUGGUGGAGCACGUGCAGCUGGUGCUCUCGGACGGAGGUCCGGGGGCGGACGUGCUGGAAGCCCAGUAUGCACGCCUGCUGCUGCAGCUGCUCGGCUGUUCCGGGUGGCAGACGGCACUCCCCCAGAAGCUCUAUGGCAAUGUGCUGCAGCUGGUGUGCCGCAACUUGCGCCAGGGUAAGGGGGAUGCGGUGAUCCUGAGCAGGACCCUCCACGUUCUGGUGGCGGAAGGCUUCUACCAGGAGCAUCUGGAAGAGGUGCUGGACGCCCUUGCCGGGUCCUUCGGCAGGCUCAGGGAGACCGGGGGCGGCAGCCUGAUGGCUCCGCAGCUGGCCGCCCUUCUGGAGGUGUGCCGGCGUCUGGGUGCCAGCCGGCGCCACCUACUGUGCUCCGUGGGGGAGCCCAUCCUCCGCAGCCUCCUCGUCCUGUGCACCUGGAACUCCCUGCAACUCAAGGAGCUGGCGCUGGAGUUCCUGGCCCUGCAGCUGAGUCUGCACCACCCCGCGGGGUGCGCCUCCCAGUCGGGGAGCGGGCAGGGCGCGGACGACGGAGACGGCCUCUGGAGGGCCCUGCUCGGGGAGUGGCACGUGCUGCUCUUGCAGAUGCUCAAGCAGAGCUCUACAUCUUCCACCACUCUUACUGCGCCCGAGGCGAGCCUGCGGCGGGUGCAGGUGUGGCUGGUCUCGGAGUCCCUGCACCAGCUGACCGGAGCGGGGAAGCCGUGCGGGGCCCUGCCGGAUGCCGUGGACUCCCUCUGCACACAGAGCCCCAACAGGGAAGCCCUGCCCUGGCUGGAAGUGUUGGCCUGCUACCUGUGGAAGUUCCCCGAGACGGCAGCGCACGCGGUCACCUCCCUGAGGAAGCUGUUGGAGUUCCUCACCCAGUGUUACUCGGCCUGCAAGCUGCUGGACGUGAAGAGAUGCAUCCUGCUCUGCUACAGCGCCGCAGUGAGGGCCUAUGGCCCCCGGAAGGGCUGCCACGUGGGAAAGCUGCCCUGGCCAGUCUGGACGCUCAUGUGGGAACAGACCGUCAAGACGGUGUUCCUGAACCAGUGCCUGGAGGAGGGCCACCUGCUGCUGCAGGAGUUGCUGCGGCAGGGACUCGCCUGCUCCGACCUCACCUCCCUCUUCUGUCCAGGCAAGGCCCUGGAGAGGCCUGGCCUGCAGAGCCUGGCUGCGCUGCUGGGAAGCCAGGACUCGCCGCCUCGGCUGGACGCACCGGGCUUCCUGGGCUUGGGCCUGGCCGACCGGGUCGUGCCCGAGAAGCACAGGUGGCGGCUGUGGCUGCUGGAGCGCCUGCUGCCUUCGCCGGACGAGGGGACCUGCCCGGAGCCGGAGAACAUGGGGCUGGUCGGAGAGCUGCUGGCCUCGCUUUGUCUGGCUCGGCCCUGGGCCGUCUGGUCCGGGCUGCCCAAGGCACCCCCCGGCAACGCCCGGCUCGACCCGUUCCCCUGGCGAGCGGCCCUGGAGAGCGGGCUCCUUCGUCGCAGCCUGGCGCACUUCCCCCCGCGGGGGACGGAGGAAAACGGGGACGCGGGAGGGGCCCCGGCCACGGCGACGCUCGUGGGUCCGGCCUGGGAUGCAGCCCUGGACGCGCUCGCCAAGCGGUGCCGUGCGUUCCUCGACGGCGGUGAGAUGGUGCUCUGCUUGUACGUGUGCGGCCUGGGGGUUGUGUUGCUGGCUCAGCUGUGGCGGCUCAAUGCCCUCCAACAGGAGGCUCUUUUUGCCACGGUGCUCACCGGACAACUCCAGGGCUGCCUGCAGGAGUGCGUGUCCAGGCUCGCCGAGGGCCGGGACAGCCUCCCGGCCUCUGCUGGCGCCCCCUGUAGGCAGCAGCAGCAGCAGCACCUGUGGGCAGAGUUGCUGUACGGACUCCUGUCGUACUUGGAGGGCCUGCCCCCGAAGGAGGAGGGCCGGCCCCUCUGGCACUGGCUCUCGGGGACCCUGCCCCGGUCGCUGGGGGCCCUUCUUCUGCAGGAGCUUCCCAGACAGGACACGAUUGGGGAGGCGGUGGUUGCCACCGGGCGUCUGAGUGGCAUCGCCCUGCCUUCGGACGACCUGCUCUCCGACGGCAGCGAGGACGGCUGGGAGGACGACCGGCCCUCCUGCUCGGCGGCCAGGACCCCGGGCGGUCUCAGCAGCAGCCAGCAGGGCGGAGACGCCGACUUCGCCGCCGCCGAGCUCGGCGCUGGUUCCUCCAGCGAGGACGUGGUAAAGCCGAGCAUCUUGUCGCCGGCACGGCUGAGCAGAGAGCAGGCCCAGAGCAUGACCUGUCUCCGGCUGGCACUGUCCCACCACCGCCUGCUGCGUACUGCCAUGGGACAAGGGGCAUCUGCGGAAGACGACAUCUUCGACGCCCUGCUGAGCUUCGUCGCGGCAGCCAAGAGCCAGCUGUCGCCGUGGUCCAUCCAGACGGCACUCCUUGUUCUGAGGACACUCUUUGAGAAGCCAGACCUUCUUGACGAGGAAGAACUCUUUGCACUUGUGGAUGCACUCCGGCAACUGACGCAGGCUCAGCACCGGCACCUGGAAGUGGCUGCCGCCCUGCUGGACCUGUCCUCGGCCAGCGUCCUGCCGGCCCUGGACGCCUGUCCUGCAGCCAGCAACUCCAGGCACUGCUUCCUCGUCAUCCUGGCAGCCUAUGCAACGCUGCAGCACGACGGAAGGUUCAACGAAGGAGUCACCCAGGCUCUGGCUAGGCUGCUGCUGGAGUGCUCAAAGGGUCCCAGGAGGGGGUGGGUUCGAUUCACGGUGGACGGGCGAACCUUCGCGGCUCCGGAGUUUGCGAGGCGCUUCCUGGGGAGCGGCUACGACUCGGUGCGGAGCCUGGCGGCCGAGCAGGUGGCGCUGCUGCUGGAGGGCAGGGACCCUGCCAGCCUCCAGUCCCUCCUGCCGCUCCUCACGCCCCACCUGGACGUAGACCCGUCGAAAGAAGACGAGCGCCAGGCAGGCUGCCUGGUGUUUGCGGUGGCCCUGGCCAGUGCAGGCAUUGCACUGGGACCCUCGGUCGGAGGCUGCGCCGUCCACGCCCUGGUGGAGGCGGUCAGGGACCGCUCUGUGCCGUACGACAUGGUUGCCAAGGCACUCGGGCUUUCCCCGGACUGUCCCGGCAGGGCCUGGGGUGGCGCCCACGUGGCUUACGUCGUCCACCGCUGGCUGAGGCAGGGGCGGCCACUCCAGAACCUUCCCUUCCAAGCCCUGGGCCGCGCCUCAGCAAAGCAGUUCCUCGAGCGCCACUGGCGGACGGUUCUCUCAAGCGCGGUGGAGCAGUGCAGCGCACCGGCGGUGUCCUACGUGAGCGCCACGCUGGGCCAGGAGGCGGCCUUCCUGGUGGGCGAGUGUGCCCCCACGGUGCUGAGCCACGUGAUGCCCCGCCUGGCGGAGGGAGGGGCUCGGGCUGCCCUGGCCGCCAGGACCUUCCUCGAGGAACAGCUCUCACCCAAGACGGUCACCGAGGUGAUUGGGGAGUCCCUGCAUGCAGUUGUGGUCUGCGUGCUCCUUCUGGCUCACGACGCGCCCGAAGACCCGGCGUCUUGGGCCGACGCCUACCCUCCUCGUUUGUCCAAAGCGGCCGUGAGACGUACGUUGGACCACUUGGAAGCGGCCCUUCAUGGACCCGAGGGAAGCUCGCUGGUGACGCUGCUUCUUCGCAGGGGGGACGGCCUCCAGCUGGUGCUGGAGGGGCUGCGGGGUGGCAGUGGGGACGGGUGUCCCCUGCCUGCCCUGGGCCACCUGGUGGACCUGCUGGUGCCCCAGCUGUCCACCCCGGGGGCUCUGGGGGGCUCCGGCACCUUCCUGGUGCGCACCCUCGGCCUGGAGCUGCUGCGCCGGCUACCGCCUGCUGGGACUGCCCUGACCACAAAGGAGGAUGUGCAAGCCCUGUGCACCACUGCCCGUCUGUUGCGCAACCUCUACCAGGCUGCCGUGGCUCACUUCCUCCAGGAGGUCGAGAGAAGUCUGCCGGACGUCAUCAAUGCGCUUACUCCGUUUCUUCACGUGCCCGACUGUGGCAUUGCUUCCGAGGUGGGUGCCCUGGUGGAAGUGCUGCUCUCGCAAGAGGCCCUGGAGGCCUGCGUGCUGCGUGUGCUCGCCCUGCCCCCGACCUGCAGGGCCCUGGAGCCAGAGUGCCAGCGUCUGGAAGAGGCACGCUCCAGGGGCACCCGCGGAGACCUCUCGCAGGUGUUGCAGGUGUUUGUGCGCUCGCUGGUGGAGAGUCCCCUGACGGUUAGUAGCACCUGCACCCUGACUCUGCUGACCCGCCUUCUGCGCUCCAGGCGAUCCGAACUCUUGGGUCUUUUGGCCAAGGUACAAGGGAGGCUGUUCUUUUCGGAGGACGCAUUGUGCAGUCCCCUGCAUCGGCUGAUUGUGGUGCUCUUCCAACAUGCCAAGUCCUCAGACCUGCAGCUCCGCGAGGCAUCCCUGCGGUGCCUGGGCACCCUGGGCCCCCUGGAGCUGAACGUGCCAGCGCUGAUGCCCGACCACUGGGACCCAGACGCAGCCGCCCAGACCUGCCAGGAGCUCUGCUACGAACUGCUCUUCCCCAAGAUGGAGGAAUACGUCAACCACUCAGAUGCCAGCGUUGCCAGCUUGGCAUGCAAGGCCUUGAAGCGUGCCCUGGCCACCCUUGCCGGCUCAAGGUUUGCAUCCGAGCACUGCCGUACCGACAUGCAAGACACGUUUGCCUUCCUGCACCCCUUCACGUUGCAAGAGAAGAAGCCCUUGGCCGUGAGUCGUCCCUGGGGCCCUGCAGACCCGUCGCUCUGGCAGCUGUGGGCCCCGGAGCAUGCCUGUGGCCACGCUGCCUGGAUCAAGGACCUGGUCUGCACCCUGGUGCGGUGCGUGGAGGACCAGGUGCUCUGGGCCCUGCUGCCGGUCUGCCAAGGGAUGACGGAGCUGUGCGAGCUGCUCUUCCCGUUCCUGGUGGAGAUGCUGGCAGAGCAGGGCGGAGCACACUGGGAGGGCGUGGCUGGGGGCAUCUCCACCUUCCUGGAGCACCACGUGAACAGCCACUGUAGCGACGACGGCCACAGCCAGUCGACGCUAUCCUCCUCGGAGCCACCGAGCAGCACUGACUCGGGCCCGGUGUACACGUCGCGGACGUCGGUGGCAACACUGCUUGCUGCGGUGGAGCGCCUGGUCGUCCGCAAGAAGCCCCAUGCCAACACCCUGUGGGAUGGCCUCCGGCUGCAAGUAAACUUCCUGCAGGCUGCGCUGGCAGCCGAAUUUUGUGGGCACCACGUGGCGGCGCUUCAGUAUGUCGAGCUCUGGUGGGACCAGCAAGAGAGGUGCAGCCCCGGGACGGGGGACCCCGCAGGGGGGGAGGCGGCAGCGGGGGCCCCCCUGCUGCACUGGGGCGGGGCGGAGGCCCCCCAGGUGCAGGCCCUGCUGCUGGGGGCCCUCUCGGGCCUGGGGGACCCCGACGGGCUGGCCGGCUGCCGCUGCCUGGCCCUGGACGCAGGACCCGUCUGGCUGCGCUGCUCGGAGCAGGGCAGUCGCUGGACCGACCUGCUGGCCCAUGCGGACCUGCAGGCCACCGCUUGCAACGCCCGCUCGGCCAGGGCCCUGAAGCAGUGUGGUUUGUACCACACUCUGAGCAGCUACCUGCAGGGGGCAGAGUCUCCAGAGUUGGCCGAGCUGCAGGCAGAGUGCGCCUGGAGACUGGCCCACUGGGACUGCAGGCUGCCCAAGGACAGCGGAGAACCGAGCUUCCAUCGAGGCGUCUUCUCGACUCUGUCCGCAAUGGCUGCCCAAGAGGAAGAGGGCCUGGACGGCGGCCUCGGCACGUGCAGGGCAUGGCUGAGUGGCGAGCUGCAAGGCAUGGCCCACCUGGGAUCCACGCAGGAGCUGUGCCAACUGCUGUCCAGGCUGCAGAUGUGCUCCGUGCUCGAGGAGGGCAUUGCCCUCUUCCGCGGGCAGCUGUCCGAGGCAGACGUGCUUGGCCAGUGGGAGCAGCGUGCCACCCAUCCCGGUGCGGGGUUCGAGCUCUCCGAGCCGGUGUCCUGGCUGGAGGGGGUGGUGUUGCGCCAGCUGCAGCCCCUCCAGGCGAGCCCAGCACUCACCACGACGCUGCUGCACUACACCGUCCAGGCACGCUGCAACAACCGUCCACUGCUGGCGCAGGUGUCGCUGAAGGAACUGGAGCGGCAGGAUCCCCGCCAGGGCUGGCGCUGGACCCUGGAGGGAGCCCGCAUCCAGCUGGCCAUGGGGGACUGCACGGAGGCCCAGCACACGCUCUGGAGGCUGCUCGGACAGUUGCAGCAGCAGGCCGCAGGUGGGACGCCCGCCUCGAAAAUUGCGUACGCAGAGGUGCUCCAGCUGUACGGGGAGUGCCUGGCCGAGGCGCGGUCGGAGAACUCGGACACCAUCGCCAGGGAGUACCUCGACAAGGCGGUGCACCUGCUGGAGGGCGCCGGGGCGUGCAGCGAGGCCCUGUGGACGGCGCACCUGCGACUGGCCCGCUUUGCUGACGGCCAGCUGCAGGGCAUUGACCGCUACCUGGGCUCCCCGGAGUUCCAGGCCAAGCAGGACCUGCUCACACAGUCCAGCCAGAUCCUGGACUCUACCCCCUCCAGGGGCUCCAGGGAGGACGCGCGGGCGCUGCGGCUGCUGGAGCGGCAGAGCGACCUGGACCGGGGGGAGGCGGCCGGCCUGCGAGCCUCGCGCACCCGCUACCUGCUCCAGGCGCUGGGCAACUACCUGCGCUGCCUCCGGGGCAGCUCCACCCACGACCUGCGCCUGUUCCGCCUCGCCUCGCUCUGGGUCGGCAACGCCUCGCUGCCGGACGUCAACGCGCUCCUGCAGGAGGGCCUGAUGCAGCUGGAGAGCUACAAGUUUGUUCCGCUCAUCUACCAGCUGGCAGCCCGGAUGAGCCGCCCCAGGGCCCGGGGGCAGUCGGACUUUGCGACUCUGCUCUUCCAGCUGAUUGAGCGGGUAGUCAGGGAGCACCCCCACCAGACUCUGCCAGUGGUGCUGGCACUCUGCAAUGCGGAGAAAGACGCCGAGGCCACGGGGAAGUCUUCCAACAUGGCCGCUCCCCGAGCCAAGAAGGCCAAGACGACCGGGGCACCCGCAGAGGACCGCGUGGAGGGAGCGCGCUUGCUGGUGUCGCGCCUGCGCCAAGCGGGGGGCACGGUGGCCAGCACCCUGCCCCAGCUGGAGCGGCUGAUGGACGCCUACAUCCAGCUGGCCUACCUCGACCCUCCGCAGACGGGGGCCAACGCUGUGGUCAACUUGCCCCGAGAUGUCCUCCUGCUGAAGCUGGGAUGCCUGGACCAUGUGCCUGUUCUCACCCAGACGGUGGAGGUGGACCGCAGCUGCUGCUACUCGGGCAUUGGGGGCAUUGCGCGGUUCGAGCCCCGCUACCAGCUGUGCGGCGGUAUCAACAUGCCCAAGGUGGUCACAUGCGUCGGGCAGGACGGCCACUCCUACAAGCAGCUCGUCAAGGGUCGGGACGACCUGAGGCAGGAUGCGGUGAUGCAGCAAGCCUUUGAGCUGGUGAACCAGCUGCUGCGACAACAGGACGGCCACCACAAGGGGGCAGGCAAGCUCAGAGUUCGCACCUACAAGGUGGUUCCCCUGUCCAGGCGCAGUGGCCUGGUGCAGUGGUGCAAGGGCACCCAGCCCUUUGCUGAGUUCCUGCUGAACUCCCGGUCUGGGGCACACUUGCGCUACCAGCCCCGAGACUGGACAGCCAUGGAGUGCCGCAAGGCCAUGCAGUUGGUGACCAAGAGCCCUCCCGAGGACCGGCUGAGCACGUACCGGGAAGUCUGCCGCCACUUCCACCCGGUGUUCCGCUACUUCUUCUUCGAGAACUUCCCAGAGCCCGUCCGGUGGUUUGAGCGCCGUCGGGCGUACGUGCGCAGCGUGGCCACGGGCUCCAUCGUGGGCUACAUCCUGGGGCUGGGAGACCGGCACUGCGCCAACAUCCUGGUGGACAAGCACACUGCCGAGCUCAUCCACAUCGACCUCGGGGUGGCCUUCGAGCAGGGCCGCACCCUCAACACCCCGGAGACGGUGCCCUUCCGGCUCACGAGGGACGUGGUGGACGGCAUGGGCAUCUGCGGCGUGGAGGGCACCUUCCGCAGGUGCUGUGAGCGCACGAUGGAGGUGAUGCGUGCCUCGGCAGAGUCCCUGGUGACGGUGGUGGAGGUGUUGCUGCAUGACCCCCUCUCGGUCUGGACCCUGAGCCCCGAGAGGGCGGCGGCACUCCAGCCGGACGACGCCGGCGCCAGGCGGAGGCCCUCGGACGCCCCGGACCUGCAGCCGCAGCACGAACAGAAGAACCGUCUGGCCCAACGCGUGCUACUGCGACUGGAGCAGAAGCUGCAAGGCCUGGAGGAGGGUGCCCCGCUCAGUGUGGCCGGCCAAGUCAACCUGCUCAUCCAGCAGGCCAGGGACCCCCAGAACCUGAGCUGCCUCUUCCCGGGGUGGCAACCCUACGUCUGAGCGGCCUCUUCCCAGGGGCUCCAACCACUCGACCCUGUGUUCAGGACCCACUGUGCCUUGCAUCUUGUCCUCAAAUGUCGACGUUAAAUUUUGUUGGUUUUGCUUGGCAAGCUCCGUGAACCUUUCUUGUAUGAUUUGUCGGUUUCGCUCAGCAAGCUCCAGAGGCUCCGGAAGGUAGUGCGACAAGUGGUAGUGGAGAUCUUUGGUAGUCUGUUCCGAUAACUUCGAUAAUAGUGCAUACUUUUGCGGCAUUUUUGCACGUGCAUCGUUUCGUUAUCGGGCGUUUUUUUUUUCUCGAAGUAUCGGAUAGACCUGCUGAAACUCCCCAGUGUGGCAGCGUCCCUCUGGUUCCUGUUUUUGUUACGUGACAAAGUGUCGGACAAGCCGGCUGUUUACCGGAUGUGUCGCUCGAUCCUUUUGUGCCUCGUGUAGCUUUCUGGGGAUUUGUUCAGAUAUUUCCAUUGCCUGCACAUUUCAACUUCUGGCGUGUCUGACUGCACAUGACAGCGUUACGUCAAAGAAGUUGCAUAGUAUGCGUGCUUUAAGGCCCUGUCACACUGAGGCAACACGAUGGCAACACAACAUGUUGUCCAACAGGCGGGCAACUCGCUUUCCGUGUUGUCCGACAAACCUGUCACAUCGCGGCAACAGUGGCACAGCACGAAUGACAGCAAAAAUGUUCCCUCUGUAGGACGGCUUUUGGCAACAGAAACAGCAGCAACUUGUGUUGGACAACCUGUGUUGUCCCGAUCGCUGGCUGAGCGAAUUUCGGGCUGGCAACACGACAACGCAGAUAGCUUGGAUGGCAGAGCUAGUUCCUUGUCAAUAACGUCUUACUCAAAUAAAGGCUUGGAAAACAAUAUUUAACAAUAAUUAGGGCUGGCAUGCAGCUAAAAUAAUUUGAUGAAUGUUUUUACUGCGUAAUUGCGGAAAGUGAUUGUUGAACGUUCAGACUGGUGUUGAAAUCAGAACUGCCUUGGGACCAGCUCACAUUACUGCUAGUGAAAUAAAAUGGCAUGUCUACUCACCCGCUGAUAAAGUAUCAUAAAAGUAAUCCAGGAAAGCAAAGAUUAAAAAAUCAAAGCAUUAAAACGACUACUCUAAUCAUGAUUGUUGAUUACUUGGAACAGCCGCUGCCAGACACCUGAUUUGUUUCAAGAAUACCCAAGACGUUUUGGGAAAUGAAGCAAUCGCAUAGCAGGCGGUAGGCAAAUAGGCAGAGUUUAAUCAUAUUUAUUACACCGAUAGUUAUAUAGGCUGACAGUGUCGGUUUCACAGUUUUUAAGCACUGUUAGUUCAGCUCAACACCACGCUACAAGAGACGCUUUGGGGUACUGCCGGUGCUAAGUCAAUUUUACAGUGGAAAUAGGAAUUGCUUGAAAGAAAGAAUCGGACAGAAACACUUCAUGCGGUGGCGUAAAUCCCGAACGUAUAGAGUAACUGAAAUAACCAGGUCCAAUCUAAAAUGGGCCGUAAAAAUCGGCGCCUACAUGCAGCACUCUAAACUUUUCAUCCGAGGUGUACUUCAUUGGUCAGUUUUUUCAUGUAAAAUUACAAAGCGAAGCUCCCUUUCUGUAAAAAAUGGGGCCAAAAAACUUGCCAGGGUCAACGGCGACGCAGACGACCGAGUCGAGUGGCAGGGCACGUUUGGUUCACGUAUCGGAUGGCGUCGGAAGCUGUAGCCAGCCAGCGAAAGAAAGUAGACGACACGCAGACAAAAUCCAUCGGCGGCAGCAAAAGCGCCGUCGUUAUGCAGCCGCAUAUUUAUUUGUUUUUACCUCAAGUUUCGUUGCAUUACAAAAAGAUUACCGUAAACUCCCGAGAGAUGCCGCACUCCCGAAAUAUAGCCCCCGCCUAUAUCUGGCUUGAUUUGCUAUAUUUUUUAAACACCGAAAGAUAGCCCACUCCUGCACUUUAAAAAAUACCUGCGCAUCUACUUACCCGCAAAAGAGUCAAUCUGUGCAGUCUAUGAAAUCAGCUCAACGAAUGAUGAGGCGGAACAUCUGUCUCACUUUCCUCAGUUAGGGCUAUUUGCUUUGUCAGGGAAUGAAGAACAACUUGAUGAAAUAAAGGGUGGAAAAUACUCCUCGUGUUAAGUUUUCUAAUCGCAGUCACUGGUUGAUGUUGUCCCGUGGCAGGGGUGGAACGGCUGCGCCAUUUGCGCCAUUUUGCGCCAGACGCAUAUAUCUGCGCCAUUCUGCGCCAUGUUGCAGAAACUGCGCCACAACUAAUACCACAACCAAUGCGCCAGUAUGCGCUAAAUCGCAAAACGUGCCCCCAAAAAAUUUUAUUUUUUGUCCUGGUUUCGGUUUUUAUCGACUCGAUUGGCAACAAUGAGCACGUUUAGCUUGGUCGGCCUUGUAAUCCUUUGUCCUGUUUAUUCUCCCUGUGUAUCCCGAGUUGGAAGCGCGUGAAAGAACUCGGAUUCUAAGCGCCACACGACCUGCGACUGGAUUGUUAUUCUUCAACCAUAAGCGGUCGGCCUAGGUGAGGUCGAGUCGUUCAGCGUCAGAUUGCCUGAAGCUCUGUGGCCCGGGAUCCAAACGUUAGCCUUCAUCGUUGUUGGAACCGCAUUCUCUCAAGAUAAAUUUUGAUUUGAUAGAGCUGCACGCGGUCUGAUCCGAAACCUUGCUGGCCAGCAGCCCUCACGCGAGCGCUUCAGAUACGAUAACUCCGUUAAUCAUAGUCUGCUGCUUCGAUAUUGAGUUGCACAACUCGAAAUUUGUUUCCCUGUUCCUCCGCGCUACUGCACGCCCGUCGCUUACGCACGCCACGUGGUUCGCAGAUAUAAUUACUAUGUUGAGCACGUGUGGGUUGUGCGAUAAGCAGUGCUGGUUUGCAUUUUGAGCAGCUGAAAGCCACUCGGAAAUAUCAAGGACGCUAUCUUCAGAAACAUAUGGUACUUGCUUUUUGGUUCUCAUUAAGGCUCACAAAGUUUCAAGUUUUCGCAUCUGUUACACUGUUAUCCCAUCUACCUAGGUCCCUAACCACUCAUGUUCAUCCAUGCUGCUUAGCACAAUUGAAAUUGCUCCCGUGCUUGUCUAAGGCACAAGCUGAAGUGCAAUGAAAACUGAACUGAGCUGCUCCUAGCCUGCUCCAGAACGCAGUUUUAGCUGCUCCCAACCUGCUCCUAAACAGCUGUUUCAGCUGCUCCCGUGGCUGCUCCCAAGCGCAGUUCACGAGUUCCACCCCUGCGUGGUAAUUUCUAGUCCUUCGAACGCACUAGCACUUUGUAGAGUCACAUUUCCAGCAAUGCCGCGCCACACACGAACGAAGGUAAACAAUCAAGGUGGCGGAGUCUCCCCGCCGUCAACGCGGCGUGACAGGCUGAUGGGACAACAAAUCGGCCAACACUGUUGCCGGGCGGCAGCAACAUGUUGCUCGGCUGUUGUUGCCGCGAUGCGACACACAAUUUCCUCGUGUAGAGUCUGUUGUGUGACGGGGCUUUUACGGGAAUUGUUCUGUUAAGGAGACGUAUCAAAUAAAAUGCUGCAGGUAGCACUGACACAAAUUUUUCAUGCUGCCGGUCUGGCUGUACGAGAGGGGACCAGAGUGUGCCGAUGCUGUGCCUAGUCUAAAGAAUGGACGUCUCGGAAGGCUGACGUGCUUUGCUCCGCAUUGGGAACCAGGUGUGGUACCACACAAACUUUUCUUUUGUGUUUGCUCACUGUGGCUACUAAAGCUUAAAAGAUGGCAGUUUGUUAAACCUGCCCUACUCUGAGAUCUGCAAAUGUAUGGUGCUCAUAGCUACUAGUCCUGAAUGGGCAAAAUCGAUGUUUUAAACAUAAAGUGUGGCAUGUAUUGUGUUAAAUAGCUUUUUCACAUUGUGGAAAAUAAUAUUUCUCAUUCAAAAAGCUGAGACCCUUUAAUAGAACUAAUGUGGUGAACAGCAGGCAAGGUGGAUCACAAAUAGAAGCGCAGCUGUUCGACGAGAAAUGUGCAUGGAUUAAAUCGAGCACCCCGACGAGCGUUUUUUGUCUACUAAAUUCGGGUACUGGAGUCCUGGGUGUGGUGUUCCAUCCUCCAGAUUGCCAAUCACUUUAUGGGUAGUGGUGAUCUUCUGAAAUUGUAGAACAUGCCCCAAAAUAAUGUGCCAAAUAAAACGUUUGCAUUCCAGCAGUUCGUCUUCAUCCGACACUUGGAAUUGUUAUUCAAGUUUUUGGUUGGACCUUCCAGAAAAUGUGCUUUGUAAAGAAUAUAGGCUUAGCUAUUUUAAAAUAAAAUGUGAACCAACA